GAAAAAAAGUAUUGUCAUACAGAAAGAUGACUAAACAGCCGUUCAUACGGAAGAGGAUUAGGGCCACUAGUGAAAAAUGUAUUUGAGUUCUGACUUAAUUCUCAGAAUUCUGACUUUAAACUCAGAAUUCUCUUUUAUGUGAACGCGCGCAGCGCUGGAUUGGAAACCCUGGGCUGAUUGUAAAAAUUGUUAACCACCGUCGUGACACAGCUUAUGCGGGACCGCGGUUGUUGAAGCCGGGUAACUGAAAUAAAUCCAGGGCAUGUUGAUCUUGAUUCGUAGUACAGGCCUAGGUUUUAUCCUCCCUGGUGCUCGAGCUGAAGGACUGUCUGUUUCUCUGGAUAUCAAACAUACAAGUAAUUAAUAAGUCUAUCAAAGGUUCAGAAGAGACAGCUCACAAUGAAGACCUGGCUUGUUCUGCUCCUCCUGGGACUCAUGGUACAGGACGCGGCGGCAGUGACUCACUCUCUGAAGUAUUUCUACACCGGGUCUUCUGGAGUCCCAAACUUCCCAGAGUUUGUGGCUGUUGGAUUGGUUGAUGGCGUUCCGAUAGAUCACUAUGACAGUAACACCAAGAGAGACAAACCCAAACAGGACUGGAUGAGCAGAGUCACAGCAGAUGAUCCUCAGUACUGGCAGAGGGAGACUGAGCUCCGUAAGGGUGAACAGCAGUCCUUCAAAGCCGGCAUUGAAAUUUUAAAGCCGCGCUUCAACCAAACUGGAGGUGCCCACCUCAUCCAGAGGAUGUACGGCUGUGACUGGGAUGAUGAGACUGGAGAGGUUAAUGGCUUUAUGCAGUGGGGUUAUGAUGGAGAAGACUACAUAUCAUUGGACCUGAAGACAGAGACAUGGAUCGCUCCAAAACAACAGGCUGUCAUCACCAAACACAAGUUGGAUAAUACCAAAGCUAAGACAGCUUUGUAUAAACACUACCUGACCCAGAUUUGUCCUGAGUGGGUGAAGAAGUAUCUGAGCUAUGGGAGGAGCUCUCUGCUGAGAACAGGUACAAUCACAUGA